AUGACAGAUGUGCGAAAUCUUCUCAAGCACACGAGGCAGCGGGAAUUGUUAUGCGUCCGUCAAAUGCUUGGACAACGGCAAAUAGCUCAACGAUCCGCGCAUUGGCAAAUCCUCGAAUCACUUUCUCGAUGCAGCAUGGGUAUUAUGAGGGGAAGGGGCUUACUGAGCCGAUCCCGCAAGUUGGCUCGGUGGGCAAGUGGAUGGAUAUCCUCCGUUUCUGCGCUGGCGAAGAAUUACCCGCUCAGCCGUGAAUUCCCAAAACAAUUACAUCCUCAUCAAGUAGAGAUAGAUCAUGCUUGA